AUGGAUGACAUUGUAGAGGAGUUUCUGCUAGAGAAACUAGAUAAGGAGAUCGAUGGUGCCCGUGAAGCUGAGAAAAAAAAACCACCCACGUGCAACAAGUUGAUCUCCAUUCACGAAGAGUGUCAAAAGUUGAGGGAUUUGAUUGCUGGUAAGAAGCCCGCGACUGGCGCUGCAGUGAAGGAGACGAGAAGAGAGAAGCUCUACUAUCUCCUCAACCUCAUCGAAGAGUGGCACGAGCUGAUCAACAAUCAGCCGAGGGCACUGCUUUCCGUUGAUCAGAUUCCUAGCAAGCUGAAGCAGGUCAGAAAAGAACUUGAAGAUGCAACCGACAGCCACAGCGAAUUCAAACAACCAUCAUCGCCAGAAGUGUACCGCUGGAGUUGUCACGCAAUGAGCCUGGCUAAGACUCGUGGGUUCGAGGACAAGCUCAUGAUCAUGGAGCGCCUGCUGCUCAACAAAGGCUCAAAGGCUAUUGGGAUUGUCGGGGUGGCAGGCGUUGGCAAAACAGCACUUUCCCAGCAGGCCUACAACUACCAACCGGUGCAGGAGCACUUUCUCCUCAGAAUUUGGCUCUGCUUGUCCAAGCAACAAAAAGAAUUAAUGCCGGCUGAGCUGAGCUUCGAGGAUCGGCUGAAGAUGAUGCUGAGCUGUCUGGGCUUUGAGGAUCAGGUCAUCCAGAAGGUCGCUGAGAAGAAACUACUCGAGGUGGCGGUGCGGCGCCACCUCAGCCGUGGAAGAUACUUAAUUGUCCUUGAUGAUGUCUGGACAGUGAAAGACAACGGCAAGGACGUGGUUGUGGAGAAGGAGAUUCAAAGCUUAUUCUCUUUCUUAACUGAUCCACAUUUAUCCCGAUAUGAUGGGGCGAUCAUUGUGAGUAGCAGAUCGCCGGAAUUGGAGCAAAUGGUUGGCGCCAAGAAUAUGCACUGGCUUUUGCCUCUUGCAGAUGAUGAGAGCUGCUGGGAUAUUUGCACUGAUUCGAUUAAGGAAGAUGGAACCCACCCACCUCAAAAUUUGGAGAAGCUAAAAGGAAACAUUGUGAAAAACUGUGAUGGCCUGCCAUUAAUGGCCAAGAUGCUGGGCAAAAUCGCCCACCAUGAACUCAAAAACCCUAGCUAA